GUUUGAAAUCGAGCAUGGAAGGGUCAAUGCCGAAGAGUAAGCUGCUUGAAGCAAAGCAGAGGCGAAAAGACGUGUCCAGCGACGCAUCCUUGCUGCAGAACCGCAUCGCAUUACUCAAGGCGGAAGAAGCCCGGGCGUGGAAGAAGAUCGAACAGACCAAGAAGCGCGCGAUGGAGCUGGUCAAGUUGCGCCAGGAGAAGGAGAACUACGCCCGCGAACGCACGGCGCUGAUGACACAGGCCGAACGCGAACUGCACGCACAGCAGCAGCUCAAGCGGGAGCUCGUGCUCGCGUCGGAAAAGAAAGAAAUCGACCAGCAGAUCCUCGACCAGAAGCGGUCCGACGCGCAGCAGCUGAAGGAGGACAAGCAGAAGUGGCGACAGUUUACCGAGCAAAAGAAGCGCCUCGAGCUGGAGGAAGCAGUGCGUCGUCGGGAGGACGUUCUCAAGCAGGAAAACCAGCUCAAACGAGCACGCCAAGCCAAACAGAUGGAGGUGGAGCGAGCCAACAAGGAGCGUGCGGACAACAUCAUUCGCCGCGAAGAGCAGGCGUUUUUGGACAAGGAAGUGGAAGUCCAAGAGAUGGAGCGGCUGGAAAUGGAGCUCAUUCAGCGACUGCGCAACACACAGCACCUCCAGAAACAAGCGUACGAAGAGCUCGAGAAUGCUCUGGGCGGGACCAACUCGCCGUCGUUAACCACUCAUACCAGCGUCUCCAUGAGAAGUUAACAAGGACAUCCAUGCCUAUAUAUUGGUGUCGUUCGCUGCUCUAAUCGUCCUAAGCAAGAACCUCAUGUACAUAUUAAUAGUUCGAGCGUGACUAAUGGAC